UUCCUUUCAGAAUUUGUCCGGGAAUUACAACAGCACUUGAAGUCGAGGUAUUAAGAACAAAGGCACAAACAGAGACGAGGAAAAGAGACAAGAAUAAAAAGCGAACUGGAGAGCGUGACAAUGGACAUCAUCCCAAGCUUAAGUGCUGGAACCUGGGCACUGCUUGUUCUCUUUCUGACUCUCCUGUUUCUAUAUGGGACCUGGACACACAAGGUCUUUAAGGAGCUGGGAAUUCCAGGACCAGCACCUCUUCCUUUCUUUGGCACAGCUCUUGCUUAUCACAAUGGCUUUAUAGAGUUUGACAAGACUUGUUUUAAAAAAUAUGGGAAAACCUGGGGGUUUUAUGAUGGCAGACAACCUGUAUUGGCCAUCAUGGAUCCAGAGAUGAUCAAAUCAGUGAUGAUAAAAGAGUGCCAUUCUGUCUUCACCAAUCGUCGGAAUUUUGGUCCAACAGGGAUUUUAGAGACUGCUGUUUCAAUUGCUGAAGAUGACCAAUGGAAGAGGAUUCGAACAAUAUUGUCUCCCACAUUUACAAGUGGAAAACUCAAAGACAUGUUUUCCAUUAUUAACCAAUAUGGAGAUGUGUUAGUGAAGAACAUAAGGAAGGAAGCAGAGGAAAGCAGGCCUGUAACCCUGAAAGAAAUUUUUGGGGCUUACAGCAUGGAUGUGAUCACCAGCACUUCAUUUGGUGUCCAUGUUGAUUCCUUGAAUAACCAGAAUGAUCCCUAUGUCAGAGAAAUCAAGAAAUUAAUUAGUUUCAGUUUUCUGGACCCAUUAAUUUUUACAAUAAUGCUCUUUCCAUUUCUUACUCCUUUGUUUAAAAAAUUUGAUAUAUCUGUAUUUUCAAAAGACGCAAUAACAUUCUUGACAAAUGCAGUUAAAAAGAUAAAGGAAGAACGAAAGAAAAAUUCACUGAAGGACCGGGUAGAUUUCCUUCAGCUUAUGAUGGAUUCUCAGACUUCUAAUAAUUCAGAGAAGCACUCUUACAAAGAUCUGAGUGAUGAGGAAAUCCUGGCCCAAUCCAUUACCUUUCUUUUUGCUGGCUAUGAAACCACCAGCUCGGUUCUUUCUUUCCUUUUUUACAAGCUGGCCACCCACCCUGAGAUCCAGCAGAAGCUUCAGAAGGAGAUAGAUGCAGUUUUGCCCAACAAGGAAGCAGUCACGUAUGAUGCCCUGGUACAGAUGGAAUAUCUCGACAUGGUGAUACAUGAAAACCUCAGGCUGUUCCCCAUAACUGGCAGGGUCGAAAGGGUUGCCAAAAAAACUGUUGAGAUCAAUGGAGUGAUGAUUCCUAAAGGGACAGUGGUGAUGGUACCACUCAUUCCCCUUCAUCACAACCCAGAAUAUUGGCCAGAGCCAGAGGAGUUCCGCCCUGAAAGAUUUAGCAAGGAAAACAAGGAGAGCAUCAACCCCUAUGUAUACUUACCUUUUGGUACUGGUCCCCGAAACUGCCUUGGGAUGAGAUUUGCACUUAUGAAUAUGAAAGUUGCAACUUGCCGACUCCUGCAGGAAUUUUCCUUCAGAACUUGUAAAGAGACACAGGUUCCUUUAAAGUUGAGCAAUCAGACACUCCUCACACCAAGUGUACCCAUCGUCCUGCAGGCUGUACCAAGGACCAAGAAGGAAAAUCAACACUAGAAAUUCUCCUCCUCAUUCCACUCAGUCUUGUCUACAAUCAUGCCUCAGAUUUCCCUUCUGUAGUCCAAAGACAUUGAAUCUUAGGAUUUCAGAAGCAACAAUUUACCUUAUGAGCCAAACAAAGAAAAAGAAAUGGUUACUUUUUUUUUAAUCACAGGAGAUUGAGUACUUAGCUUUUUCAGAUGAUCGUUUUGGAGAUCUCCAUGUUUGAGGAUUGUUGUAUCAGUGGUGUCAAGUGUCACAUACACUAAUCCAGCUGAUCAUUUUCCAGAAGAAAUGACCCCCAAUGGAUUAGUACAACUUGAUAUUACUAGGAUGCAGUAAUACAAUGGAAGAACAGAGAAAAUCAUGAAUUAUCUUUUUAUUAUUUUUUUAAUCAACAAUUGUACUUGACAAUGACAAUUAUAGUGAAUGCAGUAAUGGGGAGAAUAUUACUUAUUUUUAAUAUUCUGCAUUCAAUCUAAGCAAAAUAUUUUUUACUUUCUGGGUUUUUUUUUUCAUUUUC